CAUCACACUCGCACACAGGCGGAGAGGGAGGGAGCGCGGAGGGAGAUAUAUUUAUAGCCCGGAGCGAAGCUGCAACGCCGAUCUACACAGACAGACGGGGCUUUGGGGCACGACGCGUCGAAAUGAAGCUCUUCCUCACGGUACUUCUGCUCGGGGCCGCGGUGGCCUCGGCCACCUCAGCCGGUACCGACGGAGAGAUCUCCUACGAGUACCACCGCUACGAGGAGCUGCGAAAGGCGCUGGUGUCGGUGUGGCUGCAGUGUCCGACCAUCACCCGCAUCUACACCAUCGGGGAGAGCUUCGAGGGCCGCGAGCUGCUGGUGCUGGAGAUGUCCGACAACCCCGGGACGCACGAGGCGGGUGAGCCCGAGUUCAAGUACAUCGCCAACAUGCACGGCAACGAGGCCGUGGGCAGGGAGCUGCUCAUUUACCUGGCCCAGUACCUGUGCAACCAGUACCAGCAAGGCAACGAGACCGUCAUCGAGCUCAUCCACAACACCCGCAUCCACCUGAUGCCCUCCAUGAACCCCGACGGCUUCGAGAAGGCAGCGUCCCAGCCUGGAGAGAUCAAGGAUUGGUUCGUGGGCCGCAGUAACGCGCAGGGCGUGGACCUGAACCGCAACUUCCCCGACCUGGACCGCAUCAUCUACGUCAACGAGAGGGAGGGAGGCGCCAACAACCACCUGCUGCAGAACAUGAAGAAGGCGGUGGAUGAGAACACCAAGCUGGCUCCAGAGACCAAAGCGGUGAUUCACUGGAUCAUGGACAUUCCUUUUGUCCUGUCAGCCAACCUGCAUGGAGGAGACGUGGUGGCCAACUACCCAUACGACGAGACCCGCACCGGAUCCACACACGAGUACAGCGCCAGUCCAGAUGACGUGAUGUUCAAGUCCCUGGCCAAGGCCUACUCUAUAUACAACCCAGUCAUGUCCGACCCACAACGACCCCCCUGCCGUAAGAACGACGACGACUCCAGCUUCAAAGAAGGCAUCACUAACGGAGGGGCCUGGUACAGCGUUCCAGGAGGAAUGCAGGACUUCAACUACCUCAGCAGCAACUGCUUUGAAAUCACCCUGGAGCUCAGCUGUGACAAAUUCCCCGAUGAGGACACGCUCAAGACCUACUGGGAGCAGAACCGCAAUUCGCUGGUCAACUACAUUGAGCAGGUCCACCGCGGCGUUAAGGGCUUCGUGCGUGACUUCCAGGGCAACCCCAUUUCCAAUGCCAGCAUUUCUGUGGAGGGUAUUGACCACGACAUCACCACAGCCAAAGAUGGAGACUAUUGGCGUCUACUGGCUCCAGGGAACUACAAAGUAGCAGCCUCUGCUCCAGGAUACCUGACAGUCAUCAAGAAAGUGGCUGUUCCCUACAGCCCUGCAACCAGGGUGGACUUUGAGCUGGAGUCUCUGAUGGAGAGGAAGGAGGAGGAGCGGGAGGAGCUGAUGGACUGGUGGAAGAUGAUGUCAGAGACACUGAACUUCUAAUGUGCUUGUGUGAUCGGACCGUCAGCACAUCGAUGUAGUCUGUGUGGCCGUCCUCUCUAAAAAAGAAUAUAUUGUGUCUUCUUGUUUUUUUCUCUUUCAAUCAUUAUUUGGAUUGAUUAUAUUGUUUAUUACUGUAACAGUUGGCCUCAUUCUUCUGUAGAGUAUUUGCAUAUCCUGCACAUACAAUGACAAAACCGGGAGGCGUUGGCAGAUAGUUUGAUGGCAGUGAGGUCGAUGUUGAUUUGUGUGGUAUUGUGUUCUUUAUCGUACACGUCUUUGAUAACCAUGGCACCCAUCUAUAUAACCAGUGAAUGACUGAGACUGACUGACUGUCUGAAUAAGAAUAUGUCACGUUUCCUGUUAAAUGUCUCUUUCCCCAGGAUUUAGUACAAACACAUACAGUAUUUAUACAUCUAGAAACACAUACAAAUACACACCCCUUCACUCCCCGGUGGCUGUAAACUCACUCAUGUAUUAUAAAAAUACAAGAUAAUGGUUCUGAGAUAAUCAGGAACAUUAGAAAAACCACAGUAAACAUGAUACUGUAAACAAUCGACAACAUCAAGCUCGUUUCCCUGUACGUUAUUGAUGUGAAGAUAUUUUUUAUCUCACUACAGCACAGCCUUGAUUUUAGCACAAGAUGAAUGGUUGUGAUAUAUAUAUAUAUACUGUAUUUAUGAACUAGGCAUAAGAAGAAAGGUGUUUUUUGUAACAAUCGAAGAAAACAAGGCCAUAACACUUCUCUCCACCUGAGUCUAUUCUAAGCCAUUCCUCUGUAGAAGCUAAGUUUUCAUAGAUAAAUUAACACUAAUCUUCAGAAUGGACAAAGAAGGUUCUUUUGACUGUAUGAAUGCAAUUCACCUGGAAAGUAUUUAUUGAAUGUAAAGCUAUGGAAACAAAAUGUAAAGAUUAGAGAAUUAAAUAAAACUCCCCUCUUUAUGUUGUCA